AUGGAUGCAAAAAGAACACAGACUAAUCAGCAUAACCGUUUCCAGAAGCUUUCUUUAAAGAAAAAUGUGGGGAUUGAUAAAAAAGAUACACAGAAAUGUAAAGGAAGCUUUGAUAUUUUGGUAAUCGACGAUUCUUUUGAUAGAUUGAUGUCCCAAUAUUCAAAUAAUGACAAAUCCAAACCGAAGGUGCACUCUCCAAUACUAAUUAACGAUUCAUGUGAUGGUAUAAAUGAUGAUAACUUUGAUUGUAUAAGCACAGAACCUAGUAAAAGUGGAAAUGUGUCAUUUUCUUCAAGGGAUUUACUAUCACCAACAAACCAACAAUCUAGACCCAGUAUAGACGGAUGGUCGCCACAUCAAAACGUAAUAUGUGCUACACCAAGACACAAUGCAGUACCAACAACGCCAAAAGACAAAACUAACGAAUCCCUAGAACAGUGUUCAUUGAAGAAAAUACAAAAUUCACAUCAAAAAUUGCUUAGUGAUCUAUAUGGUGAUACAUGGAAAUCAAUACCUAGUCUGUUCAAAUCAAUAAAACAAAAACAUGAGGAUUUAGAUGUUGUUGCAAAAAAAUUGCAUUUCAAUGACGAUGAAAAUGAUAAAGAAAAUAUUCGAAGUGACUUGAAACGUAAUAAAGAAUUAUAUUUAACGAGCUCGGAAACAAAGAUAAGAAGAAAUGGUUCAUUUGAAGAGAAAAAAUCCAAAAAGAAAUUGUAUACUGAGAAAAUACCAAGUACACCAGAUUUACCGAAGCAAAGGCCAAGAAAUGUCAAGAGUUCAACGAAAAAAGGGAUGUCCGUUACUGAAUUGGUCAGAACUAUGACAGAUAAUGUUAAUGUUUUAACGAAUCAUAUACAAAAUGUCACUGUUACACCCAAAACUGACGUGAAUAGGCUCAGUUUUGUUGCAUCUUUAGCAGAGAAUAUCCCCUCAUGGAGAUGUCAUCCUGAAGCCAUUCAAUACCAUGAUAAUUACAAAGAAUUAAAGGAAAAGCUAGCGAGAAGAUUGUACAAAGAGUUUAACAAAGUUAUAUUUGAUGAUGCCAUGGAUGCAGAUCUGCCUAUCAUAUGGGAUACAAAAUUAAGAAGUACGGCUGGGACAACAACAAACCGUCUAAUAAAAACAUCAAACGGUAGCAGGAUACGAGCAUCUACAAUAAAAUUAUCAACCAAAGUAUUGGACGCGGUGCAAAGACUCCGCGACACGCUCAUACACGAACUGUGUCACGCCGCGACGUGGUUGAUAGAUGGAGAGAUGAGAGCUGGACAUGGGCCUUUGUGGAAGAAAUGGGCAAAGAAAUCGUUGAAAUUGUUUCCUGAACUGGGUGAAAUAUCUCGUUGUCACGAUAUGGAGAUACACUACAAGUAUACAUACAAAUGUAUGAAAUGUGGAUACAGUAUAAAACGACAUUCAAAAUCAAUAGACACUACUAAGAAAUGUUGUGGCUAUUGUCGGGGCAUGUUUGAAAUUAUAGUGAACAAGAAAAAUAAAGAUGGCGUCAUAAUUUCAACGAAAGCUAAGAAAGGCGGUUUGAAUGACUUCGCAAAAUUUGUUAAAGAAAAUUAUGGAAGUUUAAAACAAGGAAGGACUCAUGCAGAGGUUAUGAAGUUAUUGGGAGAGCAGUUUUCUGUGAAGAAAAAUAAAAAAUAUAGCUUUAUUGAUUUGAGUUGUGAA